AUGAUCGACACCGGCGGCAGUGUGCAUGACCGGUCGAGCUCGCCCCUCAAAAGCGACGUCGCGCAGUAUGAAAUACCACCAGCCUUUCCCAGUACGGCUACAAAUAGCAAAGAGGACGAUGACCGGAGACGCACGAAGAAGAAGUUUGUUUCACCUAUGACGUUGACGACUCGGCUCCUCGCAUUGAAUGGCGAUAUUGACUGCGCAGAGGCUCGCAAGCCAAUAGCAAGGGCACCAUUCCCCAAUGCGGUUUGUGAUCGCUCCCCCAUUAUCGGCCUCUCGCCCAACACACUGCUCAGAACGUGUUUCCGCAUCGGUGAAGCUAUCAACCAAGCCCAUCAGUCGAGCAGGUCGGACAAGCGCAUCGUUUUCGAGCUCUACGCUAGGAUUCUGGAUUCUGAACGUGUCGAGACUAAACAGCUCUUCACGCUCUGCGAUUUGUUUCACGGUAAGCCACCGUAUAUCAAGGCCAGCUAUGAGGGUGUUCUGUGGAAGUCAGUGCAGCUCUACGACUACGACAGUAAACGUCUGCUGCUGCAGGGGAGGAUUUGCCGGUGCAUGGGGACGAUGAAACGUGACGGGAAGGAAUGGGUCAUGUCUGUGAUGAACAUAUGGGAAGCCACAUGGGACGACAUCAAAUGGGUCGAAGGGAUCAUCAACUUUUGA